AUGUGGUCGCCCAACGGCAACAGAGGAAGAGGCGGUAACAUCCGGGGUCGCGGUUCCCGAGCCUCUCCCGCCAGCAACAACAGCCCUGUCAGCCGACCUGUGUUCAGAGCACGCAACAACGCACACCAACCUUCUAUCAACUCGACUGAAAAGACCUGGAGUGAUAGCUCAGACUCGCCGCCAGCUACUCCAACCUCUCGACACUCUGCCUCACGAUCACCCUCUGGUGCCUUCAACAUGAAUGAGAACCGUCCGGCCAGACAAGCCCGCAACACUCCCAUGAUGAACCCAGCUUCUGCCGCCUCGCGACCACCCUCCAGUGCCUUCAACAUGAAUGAGAACCGUCCAGCCAGGCAAGCCCGCAACACUCCCAUGAUGAACCCAGCUUCUGCCAUAGUCCCACCUCGACAAUACUCUACCUUCCGCAAUAACCAGCAGAAUUAUAUUUUCCUACAGGAUCGAAAGUAUAGGGUCUCAAACCUUCCGAGAAACUGCGGAACGAGACAGAUUUACGAACAGCUCUGCAGUUAUGGCAGGAUUACCAGGAUCGAUGUAUCUCACUAUGUGGCCUGGGUGACUUAUCAACCUCCUCCCCAUAGGAGCAUUGACAAUGAUCGCAUAUAUAUUGGAAACAAGGAAGUUCAGAUCGUAGGGCAAGCAAUUCACCACUACAAGGUUACUAGCCCAGUGAAUCCCCACCGGCAGUACUACGAUGCCAACAUCCUGUUUUCCGACUCCCUCGAUUUCGGAAUCACACUCGCCGAGCGAACCCUUGAUGUCAUGCGGAAUAUCGGAACAAAUAAAGGCAUUCAGGUGGCUCUUAAUCUGGGUGACCGCAAGGAACUUGAUUUCCAGUUUCCCUCCAAAAUUGAUGGCCAAGAUCGGAAACUCCGAUUUCGUCUACCACUCUCUCUGAUCGAGCACGUAUUCCUUGUCGAUGAUUCAGCUAAGGGAGGAUCCGCUCUCAUCAUUCCGUUUCACACUGCCCCACAAUUCUUUAUGCAGUGCAAAAAAACGGAAAUCCCGAAGACCUGCUACCACAAAGAUAAUGUCUGGCUUGAUUGGCACACCUGGUAUCGACAAACGGACAUUGUAGACGUGAAGACGCACGAUCUAUUGAAAGCAACCCCAGUCAUGAAUCACCACGGCGAAGUGAUUGUUGAUAUAGGUCGAUGGACCACCUACAGGGUGCUAUUCUCGUCCGAAACAGUUCGAGGACCGCAAUUCCGAGAUUUCAUUGACGGCCUUGCUGAUCAUGGUGUGCACAUAAAUUUGGUUGACAAUUUCCAUGUGAGGUACGGUAGCUCAUCGGUCAUUGGUACUUUCCUUGAGGAAGAGAUCUUUGGAACACACCCGGAAUUGGUAUCCACAAAUAUGCAAAACUCUGGCUCAGGUGACCUUCUCUCCAAUCGGGUACAUCUUAACUUCUCGGUUCGAUACCAACUCGAGGCAUGUUUGUCCAACGAUUGGAUCAAAGAGAACAGUAUCACCCGUGAAUUUCUCGAGCGUCUCGCAGCCAUGCCCAUAGAGGAAGCUGUUUGUCUGUUGGAGAAGGUCGCUGAUAAACAGCACGUCUACUACGAUCCCAUGGAGAUCUUCAAUUCGCGUCGCAGGUUAGGGCCGAGGAAAAUACCCAACUAUUGUCUAUUCUCUCGUUCAGUCAACAUCACCCCGACAAUGAUUCAUGUCAGCACACCGGUCGUGGAAACAUCCAAUCGAGUCGUCCGAAAACAUGCAGUCGAUGUCGAUCGCUUCAUUCGGGUGAAAUUUACCGACGAGAAAACCGAAGGCAGAAUAUUCAGUUCCGAUAACGACCGAGCCGAUACAAUCUUCGACAGGGUGUCGAGGGCUAUGGAGAAGGGAAUCGUAGUUGCUGGUCGUUACUACGUGUUCUUGGCUUUUGGCAACUCGCAGUUCCGGGAGCAUGGAGCAUAUUUCUACGCACCAACCCAGUCACAAUCAGAAUUCGACAUUCGGAAAUCGAUGGGUAAUUUCGAGCACAUCAAAACAGCUGCCAAGUACGCCGCUCGCCUCGGACAGUGUUUCUCAACAACCCGAGCCAUCAAGAGUAUCAAUGUCAAGAUCGAGAUGAUAUCUGACAUAGAACGUAACGGGUACACAUUUACGGACGGCGUGGGGCGUAUUUCGCCAUUCCUGGCACAGAUGGCUGCGAAAGAGCUGGGUUUGCAGAAUCCAUUCGAUGAUCCCCCAUCUCUUUUUCAAUUUCGACUGGGCGGUUGCAAAGGCGUGCUUGCCCUAGACCCCAAGAUCACUGGCAGGGUUGUCCACAUACGACCUAGUCAAUACAAGUUCGAAGCUCAGAAUGUCGGACUGGAAAUCAUCCGUGCUUCUGCACUGGCUGUCGCAUGUUUCAACCGCCAACUGAUCAUCAUUCUAUCCGCCCUCGGCGUCCCCGACACCAUGUUCACUCGCAAACAGCAAGAGAUGGUAAACUAUCUGGAGCGGGCAACCAAGGAAGAGAGCACCGCUCUAGAAAAGCUCCAGCGCAACAUUGACCUUAACGAAACGUCACUUACAAUGGCUGGUAUGAUCCUCGAUGGUUUCAUGGGCACUCAAGAUCCUUUCAUGAUGUCGCUCCUCCAUUUAUGGCGAGCAUAUCAUAUCAAAUAUCUCAAAGAAAAAGCCCGCAUCGUGAUUGAUAAGGGUGUUUUUGUACUGGGAUGCGUUGAUGAAACAGCUUCCCUCCGGGGACAUUAUGAUGAUCUGCAGCGAGAAGACGCCACUAGAGAGGAGAAGCUUGCGAACUUGCCUCAGAUAUUUCUGCAGAUAUCGGACAACAAUGGAUACAAGAUUAUCGAAGGAACCUGCAUCCUAGCUCGCAAUCCUUCCCUGGUCGGGGGCGAUAUUCGUGUAGUCCAGGCUGUCGAUAUACCCGCUCUCCACCAUCUCAAAAAUGUCGUCGUCCUCCCCCAAACCGGCGACAGGGACCUGGCAAACAUGUGCAGUGGAGGAGACCUUGAUGGUGACGACUACAUCGUGCUUUGGGACCCUGAUUUCAUUCCCCAAGUCGUCAACGAGUCGCCCAUGGACUUUACACCGGAGAAGCCGACUGAAUCCGACCAGCCAAUUCAAAUCGAGGACAUCCAAAAAUGGUUUGUGACUUAUAUGAAGAACGAUUCAUUGAGUCAGAUUGCAACUGCACACUUGGCCCAAGCCGACUUUCAAGCAGAAGGUGUCAGGAGUGAGACGUGUCUUGAACUGGCCCGACUCCACUCACAAGCUGUUGACUACCCGAAGAGCGGCAUCCGUACAAUCAUGAGUCGCGAACUAAAACCCAGAAAAUAUCCUCAUUUCAUGGAGAGCAAGACUCGACCUGCCCACAAGAUUUAUCGUUCAACCAAUAUUCUUGGAAAGCUCUACGAUCAGGUUGAGCUUGUCGACUUCAAGCCAAUUUAUGGGCCGUUCGAUAACCGCAUAUUGAAUGCCUUCCAACUGGAUGACAGCAUGCUAGAAGCAGCUGAGAAAAUCAAAGAAUCUUAUGAUUCGUCCCUGAGGCGAUUGAUGGCAAAGCACGCAAUACAGACCGAGUUUGAAGCUUGGUCAGUCUUUGUCAUGUCUCACAACCUAGAGAGUCGGGACUACACGUUUGCCGAGGAGUUUGGCAGAACAGUAGGAGCCCUCAAAGAACAAUACCGACAAGCAUGUCGAGAGGAAGCUGGCAAUGACAACUUGACAACUUUUGUUGCUGCCAUGUACACGGUAACGCAUAGGGAGAUCCAGGCGGCACUUCAAGAAUGUAACGAGACCAAAGUGGUCGGGGGGAAGUCCGUUCCUAGGAGAACCAAGGCUAACAUGCCUAUGAUGAGCUUCCCGUGGCUCUUUGAAAAGGAACUAGGCAAGAUCGCGAUUGGGGAGCGACCACGGCAAAACGUGCACACGUUCCAGGGACCGGAGAAAGAGAGGAAUCGCUCCAACUACAACUACAACCUCAUCGAUCUCAAUGUCGAUCUCGCCGAUCUCAACUCCAACGCCACUCCUGGUGAUAUCGAGACGAGCGGAGGGGUGACGCACUACGGAGAGCUAUUGACGCUGGAUUUCAGCCAACAGUGA